AAGUUUGAACGGAAACCGAAGUCUAGCAGGAAAUCUAACCUGUCUAAUCUUUUUGCCCCCCCCUGGAGACAUUUAGGCUACAUUCAUCUAAACGUUUCUUUAAAACACAAGCAUGGCUUUGCCGAAAUGGGAGAGAAAGGCGCGCACAUUUCUCUGCGUUUUCGGAUUGUGUUUGUCUGUUUAUGCGCUUCACGUCGAGCUGUCCAAAGAGAGAGACCCAGAUUACAGGGCGAUGUGCGACCUGGGGGAGUCUGUGAGCUGCUCCAAAGUUUUUGCUUCCAGAUGGGGACGUGGCUUUGGCUUGGUCCAGUUCUUUUUUGACAAAGAUAGCCUUCUGAACCAGCCAAACAGUGUGCUUGGCAUCAUAUUUUACACUCUUCAGAUGGGCCUUGGAAUGUUUGUGUCCAAAAAAGCAGUAGUGUUUUUGGUCUUCUCCUCCUGGGUUUCUGUAGCCGGCUCUCUUUAUCUUGCAACUAUUCUCACCUUUGUCCUGGGGGACUUCUGCAUGGUCUGCGUGUCAACAUACAUCAUCAACUUUGCCUUGCUCUUCACCAAUCUGAAACGAAGGGGAGCAAUUGAAGGAAUGAAAGUAAAAGCUGGAUAGAAAGUGCUACUCGUGAAAUUCAACACCUUCUGCUGAGCUGGAGCUGGAGCUGCAACUGCGCUGAGCAAAAUUUGUAGCAAAUUUUUUUCCCACACUGUCUCUGGAUUAUUUACACCUUUUGAUACUUUUCUAUUGAAAGCAUAUUGAAAGUAGGACUGGGGAUGCUCGUCUGAAGAGGUACAAGAUGGAUUUAUGAUAAUGUUUGAUAAAGCAGUAAUUUUUUUUAUUUUAUUAAUGUGCAUUUAGAGUUGAUUACACACUUUGUAACACUU